CUCGAGGGCCCGCGCGGCGCCUGUGGCGCCCGGACGCCCUCCCACGGGCUGCUGCCCCCCGCCGCCCGCGGCCGACGAGGCGGCCGCGCGGCGGCCGAGGCCGCGGCCUGUGGCAGGGGGGGGCCCCGACCGCGGCGGCGUGCCGUUGGCGCCGGCCGCUGCCGCCGCGCAGCCGGCCGGCGGGCGCCUCUCGGAGUUGCCGCCGAGCUCCCGUCUCCGGCUCCGAGGACAUGGACGUCGUCGACCUAGACGAGGGCCCGGCGGAGCCCGGCCUGGCGCCCGCGGCGCCCCGGGUGUGCUGCCCGCCCCCGCAGGUGCCCUACGCCCCGAAGGCGGCGGAGGCGCCCGCGGGCACCAGCGCUGCGGCGGGCAGCCGCGGGCGCAAUCUUCGCCGAUCGUGCUCCGAGGAAGCGCUCUCGAGGCGGGAGCUCGGCGAGGAGUUGUGCGCGCGCCUGGACCAGAUCGACACCAGGCUCGAGUGGCUCAUCUCGCGCGUCAGGGUCACCGGCAUCGCGGCCACGCACUGCGACAGCAAUGCCAGCUCCACCCUCGGCUUCAGCGCCCUCGACCCGCAGGAGUCGGUCACGAGCACUGUCCAGAAGGUGUCGGUGACGGACACGACGCCCCUCCGCAGCGCGGCGGACGCGGGCCACCCGCCAGGCGCCGAGUUCUCGGCGUCGGCCCGCGCGCCGGCGCCCGCGGGACCCUGGCCCGUGGGCAGCCCGGCCUCCCCGCGCCUCGAGGUGCCUUCGAUCGGGCUGCCAGGCAAGCAGCUCGACAUCAACAGGGUGGCAGGAGUGAAGCUCCGGUUGAGGCGGAGUAUGGUCGCGCUGGCCCCCCUGAGCUUGGCACCGGGCCGUCGCAGCGACAGGCGUAGCGACAGCACCGAUCAGUCGCCUGAGCGGCGGGAGUCCAAGAGGGGGACGACGGAGAGCUGCUUGAGCCUGAGGAGCGCGCCGACCUCCCGGGGCCAGAGCCCCGAGGCGUUGGCCCAUGGGAGCGACAGGAUCGUGUCGCUGGAGCGUCGGGGCUCCUUCGAGGCCAAGAGAGGCGCAGGGGUGAGCUACUUCAGCCGCCAGAGCGGGCCACCCUCCCCGAGCGCCGCCCAGCGAGGCAGGGGCGGGAGCCCCGUGGGCCGCCGCAGCGGGCCGCCGUCCCCCCGCCCCGAGGAGGCCGCGGCCCGGGGGAGCGGCAGGAGUCCGCCCUCGGAGCGGCAGGAGGCCUCUAAGGACAUCGACAGAGGCAUGAGCUACGUGAGCCGGCCGCAGCAGAGCGACAGGAGCGCGCUGCCGAGUCACCCGAGCGGCAAGAGUUUCACUGCGGGUUCCUCGUCUUCCGGGAGGGGGUCGUGGAGGGCCCGAGCUGGUGGCACGAUGAUUCCUAACUUGAGCCCGAAGGUGCAUCGACAUCCCGGCACCAGUCGAGUUGCUGGGCUGCGGCAUGCGUCCACGAAGGAGAGCCUCCACGUCCAGGAGAAGUCGAAGAAAUCGUUCUUGGUGCGGAGGAUGCUCGAGAAGUCCAGCAGCAAGAACAUCGAGAACGUCCACCUACGUUUUCAAUCGCUCCCCAUGGCGAUGAGAAGAACUCGCAAUUCCACCCUCGACUACAUCCACACGGUCUUAGACGAUCCAGACUCAAGUACAGAGGCUUGGUGGAUAUCCAAGUGCUUAGAAGCCAUUGUUCUACUCAGCAUGCUAGUCACAUUCCUCCAGACUGUGGAAGAUCCGCUGCUACAUGGGUGGUCAACUGUCGUUGCCGAGACGACAUUCGAUGUCGUGUUUUUGAUGGAAUUGUGCGUUCGAGUGUUCUGUGCGCCGAACAAGGUGAAUUUUCUUCUCAUAUUCCACACAUGGAUCGACAUCGCGGCUGCGAGCGCGAUUGUGGUGCGGGCAGCGGCUGGCUUUGUGCUCCCAGAAAGCCAGGAUGACGCUUUCUCGAUCAUAUUGCUAGGCUUUGUGCCCAUCGUCCGCUUAUUGAAGAUUUUACGGGACUUUGAGUCAUACAAGGUGCUCAUCCAGGCGAUCGAGAUCACGAUGGAGGCUCUCCCGAUGCUCCUGUACACCGUCGCCCUGAUCACGAUGACGUUCGCCUCUCUCAUCUACUUGCUAGAGCCAGAGCUGUUCGAGUCGCCUUUCCGGGCAGUUUGGUUCUGCCUUGUGACUAUCACAACAGUUGGUUACGGGGAUUAUUCCCCCACCACUACGGCGGGGAUCACAAUCGUUAUGGUCUUGAUAGUUCUGGGGGUCAUACUGAUGGCCGUGCCGAUAGGCAUUAUGGGAAACACGUUCAACCAGGUGUGGACUUCGAGGGACUAUUCCUUGCUGCUCUCGAAGACGCGGAAGAAGUUGCACCAGUGGGGCUACUCAGCGCAUGACAUCCCCACUCUGUUUAGAGCCGUACACUAUUCAGAUUGCGCAGUUCUCGAGCUCGACGAUUUCAUUGAGCUCGUGAACGACAUGAAGAUUGGACUUUCUGAGGAUCGGAUCAUCGCUCUCUUCGAGAACAUGGACAAGGAUGGCAGCGGCGCGCUGGACGCAGCAGAAUUUGCGCAGCAACUCUUUCCAGGCUCGAGAAAUGAGGGCUUCGGCUACGCGAGCAUCAAGGAAUUGAAGAACCCUUCAGGUGAGGGUGGUUCGCCCAAGUUGACAAGACGUUCCUUAUUAUCCCUUGACGGGCAAACUUCCGCAUCCACAGGUGAAAGGACUGUACAGCAGUCUGCGUUCCGGAAUUAUCAGCGGCAGGACACUUUUGAGCUGACCGCCAGCCAGGGGCUGACGGCCAGUCAGCCAGUGAGCCUUCCGGGCUGGCCAGACUGACCGCCAGCCAGCCUUGGGGUAGACUUGCUUGGCUGUGCAGCCCCUCCAGCCACCAGAGUCUGGUCCAGUGGCUGUGCCGUCGGUUUCGGCCGUUGUCAUCGAAGAAGAGGUUAGCGCCGCCAGCGCCGUAGGCAGACGUUUUUUGUGCUGACCGCCGCUCCAGUGGCAGUUGUUUUUCCCAGAUGUGCUGUGGUGCGCUGGCCUCCUCUGCGGCUCAGCAGCAUCCAGAGUCUGCAGGGCGUCGCUGGUGCUUUUCCUCCGUCCCUCCGUCCCUUGUGCCCCAAGGCGGAACCCUC